CCAAACAAUGGUAAAGAUUCAAAUCUGCUUGUCACAAUAUAAACUUAUUUUCGCCAAGCAAGUAUGUGUGUGCCGCCUUUCACGUGAAGGCCAAAUGCAGUAGGAUGUAAAGCCAUCCUAAUGCUGCCUUUCUGAUAAAUAGACAAAAAGUUGCCUUGUUGCUAUGCAGAAAAACACACGAUUAUGCUGACUGUGGACUGUAGGAUGUUAACUAUAAUAUUACUUUACUGUAGUUAUGGUAAAGAAAUGUGAAACUCUGGAUAGUUAAGCAAAUAGAGGGCCAGUUCUGUCAUGCCAUUCAAGUGUUUCCAAAACGUACAUGCAUACAUCGCUUGUUGGAUGCAACCACUUUUGGCACCAGAAUUAAUGGAAGGCAGGACACAUUUUGGCUACUUAGGUAGCACUGGGGCAACUCUGAGUUCCAAAAAGGUAUCGCUGGCUUUUUGUUUAAUAUCCAGCAGGCAAAUGUCUGUUUGAAGUGAAGUUUUUUUAAAAAGAUGCUGGGGGAUUCAGACAGUAGCUCAAAAAUCUGAGCUCAGUUACUGUAUCUGUAGUGUAACUUAAAUCAAAUAAAUGGUGUAGCUGAGCUUGGAAUAUGGCUCAAAAUGCCAAACGUUACAUACAAGAGCAAGUAACUGGGGAUGAAUGAGGAAUUCUGCAGGUGAAGAUUUCAGGAAAGGAAGCAUCAUGAAUAACUAGCUAGGGGAGGGUAUAGCCAUCCGCUUCCAAAAAGAUAUCCCUGCACUCCAGAGUAAGGAUCCAAAAUACUGUGCUAACAGUAGUGUAAGCUGCUGCAUAUUGGAUUAUUACUAUAGUGUGUUUUUAAUAAAGAUCCUACCAUUACAGCAGUCAAAAAGGAGAUGAGGUUGCUUGGAGCUAGGUCAGUCCUACCUCAAGAUGUAUAUCUGGGCAGUAGGUUCUGCUACUGGACGGUUAGUGCCAACAUGGACCUGUAAGAAACCCUACAGGCUGGGCUUACUUGAGCCAAAUGCCGCAAAUCACACCCCUUUCUACAUAUUGGUCCCAUCCUGUCUUCAUGAUGUUAUCAUUUUCCCAGAGAUGCUUUUUGUGUCGGUAUCCUUGAUUCCCCCUUGUAUUCCCCUGGUCCCUGAAAAUCUUUUUUCCUUUCACUCAGAUGCCCCCUCUCUGUCCUUACAGCAGUAUUUACUAUGACACGACUUUGGGCUAUGUGGACAGAUCAUGAUGCCACAAUGGGAACUCCAGAGCUCUUGAUAUAACAAGCAAUAGCAACCCGUACUUCCUGAGCUCAAAGAGCUUAUAUAUAGGCCCUGAUAGACCUAAGAAAAUAUUGCACACAAUGUUAAGAUGGGUGGAUCUCAGGUAAUAGUCUCUCAAAUUCUCCAUUCUGUAACCGUCUUCCCAUUUAGGGCAAAAUGGGAAAUUGGCAUUGUUGAGUCCUAUAAAAGUGAUACUUAAUGAGCCACACUUUUCUCAAUAAAGAAACAGGCCAAUUGGGCUGUUCUAGAAGUGUCCAUUGCGCCCUGCUUUUCAAGGGUUUCAAAACAACUGUUGAGGUGUGUCUUAUGGCUAAUAACCUCUUUCACCUGUAGAAAUUCAGUAAUAGCCCCACCCACAAUGCUGAUUGGUUUUCUUGGUGAGAAAGGAAAUUCCCAUUGGAUGGCAGCAGCUUGUCAGUCAUACUUUUGUCCUUCUCAGAACUGUAUUAAUACCAAGUACUCUAAGACAGGCUUUUAUAUCCUUGUGUGGGUGAGCUCUUGCUUCAAUAGUGGUUGUGGAGAGUCUCUUUCAGUUGUAAGUGUCUGUUGGUGUUUUACACCUAAACCUUAGAGGUAAGGAAAUGGAGUCCCAGGUGCGCCAAAACUUCCAUGCUGACUGUGAGGCUGCUGUGAACCGCAUGGUGAAUAUGGAGCUGUAUGCUAGCUAUGUUUACCUGUCUAUGUCCUACUACUUUGAUCGUGAUGAUGUAGCCCUCAGACAUGUAGCAAAGUUCCUCAAGGAGCAGUCCCAUGAGGAGAGGGAGCAUGCAGAGAAGUUCCUGACCUACCAGAACAAGCGAGGGGGACAAGUUAUCUUGCAGGAUAUCCAGAAACCAGAACGGGAUGAGUGGGGGAACAGCCUGGAGGCCCUGCAAUGCGCCCUGCAGCUGGAGAAGACGCUGAACCAGGCCCUGCUGGACCUGCACAAGCUGGCUACGGAGAAGAAUGACCCCCAUCUCUAUGACUUCCUGGAGUCUGAGUACCUUGAGGAGCAGGUGAAGACCAUCAAGCAGCUGGGAGACCAUGUCACCAACCUGAAGCGCCUGGGAGUGCCCCAGAAUGGCAUGGGAGAGUACCUGUUUGACAAGCUCACCCUAGGGGAGAGCAGCUGAAUGCAGUACAGGUUCUUGUGUUUAGAAGGAAUGUCUUACCUGAGCUCAAAAUAAAGAAGAAUGGAAAGCUGUUUUGGCUGUAACAUGGCUUUCACUUGUGUAUAUGUGUAAUAUAUAGGAUGCCUCUAAACUGUAUUGGAACAAAGCAUGGGAGGGCAUAAUGUCAAGAGGAUAAUGAGGGACAGUGAAAUUCAACUAACAUUCUAUACAGCAACAGAUGUGGCCCUAUGAGGAGUUUAUUCAUGCUAGUCUUCCUCUACACACACACACACACAUUCUGGCUAAAAUCUAACUCCUCUUUCAGCAGAUCUCCUUGUACACAGUUCAGGAAGAAUCCCUACAAAUAUAGUAUUCAUUGGAUCAGCCAGCAAUAGGAAUGUAAAUGCCAAGAGUGGGACUGGCUAUGGAUAGUGGUGGCAGCAGAAAAUGGGAUGGAGAAAUAGUGCACUUAAUUCACCAAACUGAUGUAGGAGCACUAUGGGAGCUCAGAUUACA